UCAAGGGAACUGCAUGUGGUGCUUGUCUUCUCCGCUCUCUGAAGGACAUGGAUACGGAGGAGAUACUACGCCUGCUUGAGGCCUCUGAGGAGGAGGAGGAGGAUGAAGAGGAAGGUGAUGACUGGCCAACUGCUUCUCUUGAGGCCACUGAACUUUUUCCUCAUGGAACAAUAAUUACUGAGACAGACACAGAAGAUGAGUCGCAAGUGGAUGAGGUCGAGUCUUCAUCAGAUGCUCCAAGCACAAGUACAGCACAUCUUGAUGAUCUGGCAGUACAUCCAUCACCAAAUCAUGCAUCAAAUCAAAGGAGAGUGGUAAAUAGAUCAGACUUAUUUCACAGAGAUUCACAUUUUAGGAAAAUGUUUCCAGCAGAUACUGAUGAAGCUGCAAUUACAGAGCCUACUGUUGUUUCUCCAGUUGAAUAUUUUUCAGGUUAUAUUUCUGAGGAAAUAUGGAAUGCACUUACACUGGAAACACAAAAAAAACAUAUGUCAGAGACAGGCAACCCCUUAGCUUUGACUGUGGAGGAGAUGAAAACAUUUAUAGGCAUAACAUUUGUGAUGUCUGUUCUUAAAUAUCCUAGACAGCAUAUGUAUUGGCAGAAAAACUUCAGGAUCAAACUGAUUGCUGACUGCAUGUCAAGGAAGAAGUAUGAGUUAAUUAGAAGCAAUCUAAGGGUAGUUGACAAUAACCUUACUACUCCAGCUAAAAAAAAAAUGGAUAAAGUGUGGAAGAUAAGACCUUUACUGGAGUCUGUGAGAGGCAGAUGCUUAGAGUUAGACAGGCCAUGCUCAGUAAGUGUAGAUGAGAUGAUGAUCCCAUUUACAGGGCGUAGUAAGCUGAAAGUAUUCAUGCCCAGGAAACCCACUCCAAAUGGAUUGAAGAUGUUUGCACUAGCUGCUCCUGAUGGGAUGAUUUUAGAUUUGGAAUUCUAUCAAGGAAAAGAGGAACUAAUUGCAAGUGUGGAGAGAACUGGGUUAAAUUUACCCCAUGUAGAGAAGAUGACUUUGGGAGAGGCAGGGGUUUUGAGAUUUGUAAAGUCAGUGCCACAAGGUACAAGUUUCUAUUUUGAUAGAUUCUUUACCACUCCUAGACUACUUGAAAUAAUGGAUUCCCUGGGCAUGGGUGCUACUGGUACUUUAAAAAAAAAUCUAGUCCCAAAUCUCAGUUCCCUUAAAACUGAGAAACAACUAAAAAAAGGUGGAAGAGGCACUGUGGACUCUCUUGUUAGAGAUGAUAAUGCCUUUUCUGUAACAGUGUGGUAUGACAGCAAGCCAAUUUUCAUUGCAUCUAAUGAACAUGGAAUUAACCCAGUGUCAGAGUGUAAACGCUGGUCAAAGAAAGACCACAAGCAUGUGCAGGUACCCCGUCCCAGAGUAGUUGAGGCAUACAACACAAAUAUGGGUGGGGUGGACGUUGCAGAUCAAGUGCUGUUCUACUACCGCAGUAAGUCUCGUACUGCAAAGUUUUCAGUGAGAACAAUUCUACAUCUCUUUGACUUAGCUUGUGGAAAUUCUUGGCUAGAAUACAGACAUGACUGCCAGAAAGCUGGUACAAAAGCCAUGGACAGUAUGAUGUUUAAAAUGCAGAUUGCAGAAUCUUUGAUUAGUGGUCAGCUUAGCUGUCAACCUGAUGAUGCGACUGACUCUGAAUCAGAUGAGGAUCAUGACAGGAAACGUGUGCUGCCUCUGCCUAGCUUUCCACAUCGUGCAACACAUGCUUUGCAUAUGCCUACAUCACUGCCAAAGUACACAGAGAGACGCAGGUCUUGCUUCAGGUUGGAAUGA